AUGCAGCAACAGGGAGCAUACUUGUUACCGGCCAGCCCGGCGGGGGGUCGUCAGGGCACCGACUAUCGCCCCAGCGUGAAGAAGGCCCAAGGUCAUAUUCCCGCAUGUCUGGUCAAUGCCUCGGUGACGUACUGUAACAACGACCACAUUUAUGCCUUUGGAGGAUUCGAUCAAUACACUGAUGAAGUGUACAACCAUGUGCUCCGACUCGACCUGAACACUCUCCGAUGGGAACUUGUUGAUAACUAUGGGGAUAUCCCGGGCGUUCGCAUGGGGCACACCGCCACUCUCUACCAGGGCAACAAACUCAUCGUCUUUGGCGGUGAGAAUGAACACCGUGAUUACCUUUCCGACGUCGUUAUCCUUGAUCUCCAAACCUUCGCAUGGACCCUUCCUACGAUCAGUGGCCCAAUCCCUCGCGGGAGGGCACGCCAUGCUGCUGUCAUUCAUGAUGAUAAAUUGUUCAUCGUGGGCGGCUUGACCGGCGAAAGCAACACCAUAUUAGACGACUUGACUUAUUUGGAUCUGCAAACUUGGACAUGGUCUCGGACGUGGAGCUUCACAGCUCGGUUUGACCAUACAGCAUGGGUUUGGGGCAGCCGCCUAUGGAUAUUCGGUGGACUUGGCCCUAAUAUGGAACGAACAACCGACAUAUGGUGGCUCGACCUCAAGGGUUCCCCGUCCCUUGCCGGAAUCAAUACACCCCAAGGUACCGUGGACUCCCCGGACGAACGAUUACCAGUCGCUCAUUACCCAGACUCCAUUUCUAGCCCGUCUACUCAGAUGUCCCCUCGCUCUGGAAGCUAUGCCGCGAACUCUGCCAGUGUGCAGGUGCGUAAUUUUGGGCGCCGUAAGCCAUUGGCCCCGGGCGCGAUCUCUUGUCUCCGAUUCCAAUCUGGUCCUAAUGUUCCCUCGCUAUUCUCCGGACUCCAUUAUCAAUCAUUCGCGUCCGGUGUCCUUCUUGACCUGAUCACUCCAUCGGAAACCGUACGGUCGCAUGAUUGUAACCUAGCAGCCUUGGACCUCAAUUCACUACGUUGGCAGCGACUAGCCGACGGCCACGAAAUUUUCCGCCCUGGUUAUCGUUGGCAUUACUGUACCAUUAAUGAAGCUGGGACCAAAGCUUGGCUUCUGGGAUGUAGCCUCGACUUGGCUAACGCCCCCGGGGCCAGCGACGACAACCAGAUGAGUGAGGUUCUUUCCAUAGAUCUGGAGAAAUAUGGCCUCUUGGGCAACGGAUUGUCAGCCGAUGUCCCCGAACAAGACCCCUCAUGGCUUGAUAGAUCUGGUCACUCCCCGGUCUCCGGUCUAGGUGCAGACCUUUCUUCUGUCUUUGGUCAAUCACCUGAAUCCGGUAGUGGUGCGGACUUUGUAAUUACCGCUAUUCGUGACGACGACGAUGCUAUGAGCUCAGAUGAUAUUGACGACACACCCUCUGGGUCUCCAGUACAGACUGAGCCGACUGAACCGACCUUUGUUGAACCUAACCCCUCGACUUCCGCACCGAUUCACGUCCACAAGAUCAUCUUACAACUGAGAUGGCCACACUUUAAGCGAUUGUAUGCAGCACAAAUGGCUGAGUAUCACACGAAACGAAUGCAUAUUCCCGAGCCAUACUCGGUCGUGCGGGCCUUUUUAUUCUACCUCUACGCAGAUACCAUUGGGGGGCAUCCGGAAUACCCCUCUAGUGUCAUCGAUGUGGCUGGCAUGUUGGUCAUGGCAAACCUGUACGAUAUGCCAAAACUGAGCCUUCUAUGCGUCAAUCGUCUCAGUCGUGAGAUCGAUGUUGACAAUGCUGCCAUUAUCUGGGAGCGAGCUGGGAGAACCAAUGAACAGUGGCUGAUGCGGCGAGCGGCACAGUUCUGUCUCACGCAUUGGGGUCGCAUUGUGCGAACAGAUGGCUUUAAGUCUCUCAGCCAUCACAGUUUGAUCGAACUCUGUGAGGUCGUAGAUACUGAAGGUCGCGUUAUCGCAGGGCCGGAAUUAGAGAUGGUCAGCUCAAUGGGUGAUGGAUCUUGUGAUCGAGAAACAAAAGGCUCUCGGUUACGUUUAGGGUCUACGACAGAUGAGAUGUCUGAACUUGAUGGCGAUGACGAUGGAAUGGAAAUGUCAUAA